AAGGGUUAAUUGUUCAUAGUUGACAUGAUGCUCAGGUUCUGUGUUCUCCUAUGUGCUGUGGGACUGGCGGUGGGUGCGCCGCCGGCGCCGCAACGGACCCAGGCCGACAUUGAUGAGCUUAGACAGAUCCUGUCUAAGGCGAAGCCAGGCGAUGGCAAUCUGGAGGAGGCGAUGGCGGAGCGUCCGUGGUCAAGCGCAUGGGAGAACAGCGGCAAGUACCAGGGAGACAUCAUACUGACUGAUGACCAGAUAGAGGAUAUGGUCGCGGAAUACUCUAGCGCCGAGCAGAGGAAUGGCAUGGCCAACCCGAACACCCGCUGGCCUGGCAACACCAUUAUUUAUGAGUUCGCCGCUGGACAUUUCUCUACCGCCCAGCAGAAUGAAAUCAUGUCAUCUUUCAACAUGUUCAACACAAGGACUUGUGUCAGGUUCCGUCGGCGAACCAACGAGCACGAUUUCGUCAGGAUCACGGGCUGGAGCGACGGCUGCUACGCCCACGUGGGGUACAUGCGCAACUUCGGCGCCCACACCUUCAACAUCGCAUGGCCAGGCUGCUCUAACCGCAUGAUCAUCAUGCAUGAAUGGCUGCAUGUCGUCGGAUUCCACCACAUGCACCAGACGUACCCUCGGGACGACUGGGUCAUCAUCAACUGGCAGAACGUUCAAAACGGCAUGGCGAGUCAAUUCAAUAGAUUCUCCAACUCACUGAUAACGAUGCUCGGGUUGCCGUAUGAAUACGCCAGCAACCAGCACUACGGCUCGCACGCUUUCAGCUUCAAUGGACAACCAACCAUCACGCCUAGAUUCAACGACGGAGGCCAAAUGGGACAACUGCAGUUCGUCAGUGGCUGGGACAUCCUUCGCGUCAACCGACUGUACAACUGCCCUGGAGCAUGGAAUCAAGAAGUGAGGCUUGAAGACGCCAACAAACCAGCAUACUACCCUUAUGAAGAAGUACCUGCGAAAGUCUCCGAUGAACUCGCUGAAACCUGGGUUGACGCACCAGUUGAAGACCAACCUGAAGUUAUUGAUGAAGAGGUUGAUGCUGUUAAGGUUGCAGAAGUGAUCGCUUAUUAAGCCUUCUAAAAUUGAUUUUUGUGAAGGAAUGAUAAACUGCAAUGAUGUUAUGUUAAAGAUAUUCGAAGUCUGAUAUUGUAUUUGUUUAUAAUGUAAAUAUAUUUUCAAAAGUACUUACCUAAA